AUGCCCCCGAAGGUGACGCCGAAGAAGGACGGGCCGCAGCAGCAGCCGGAUCUCACGGCGAUUCUGGCGCAGCUCACCGCCUACUUGGAGAACCAGUCCAAAACCCAGGAGGCUCUCCUCGAGCAGCUCUCAAGCGGACUGGUCUUCGACAAGUGGUACUCCCGGCACGAGGAGGCCUUCAACAAGGGCGGGGAGAAGCUGGAGGAAGCGGACAAAGUGCGGCUGCUCGUGCGAAAGCUGUCCUCGGUGGAUCACGACCGCUACGUGAACUACAUCCUACCGGAGAACCCACCGGACAGAUCGUUCCAGAACACGGUGGACACGCUUAAGGAGAUGUUCGGGCACCAAACGUCCGUGUUCUUCCGGCGCUACCAGUGUCUGCAGACGACCAAGCGGAAUGCGGAGGAUUUCGUCACGUACGCCAGUACCGUCAACCGAGCGUGCGAGGAUUUCAACAUCCGGACGAUUACCUCCGACCAGUUCAAGUGCCUGGUGUUUGUCGCUGGUCUGCAGUCGGAGCGGUACAAGGACAUCCGGACCCGGUUGCUGGCGAAAAUGGAAGGCGAGACGGCGGAGCACCCGAUGACUCUCAAGAAGCUGUUAUUGGAGUGCCAGCAUUUGGACAACCUCAAACACGACACUGCUGUUAUUGAGGGUCCGAAGCCGGCCGUCAAAGCGGUCCAGCAGGAUCGCAGCGGUUUUCGCGAGUCGGGCAAACCGGAACGGAAGUUCGACAACAGGAAUCCGGCCAAGGCAACCCCACGACGUCCGUGCUGGCAGUGCGGGCAGAUGCACUUUGUUGCAGACUGCUCGUACACGAAACACACCUGCAAGACGUGCGGCAAAGUGGGACACAAGGAAGGAUACUGUGCUUGCUGCUCCAAACCCUCCGGUUCCGGAGAAGGUGCAUCACACACAGCACCCGGAGGCGGCAAGAAGAAGCACAAAGAAGCGGGCCGACGGCGGGGACACUCAAACGGAGUGUACGCUGUCAACAAGGAAGCUCGACUGCGGAUCGGACUACACCAUCAUCUCGACGGAUUCACUUCCCUGCUCGGCAACCCAGAAACCAUUCCGACGGAACUGCGGGUGGCCACAGCCUCAGGCAAACCCCUUCCGCUGGAAUUGGAGUUCGAGUGUGACGUCACGUUCCGCGGGACCACCAAGCGUUCCGUGUGCUACGUCACUCCUGUGCGCGGUUUCAAGGUUCUUGGGAGCGACCUGAUGGAAGCUUUCGGGCUGUACGACAUUCCGAUCAACGACUUCUGCAAGCAACUCACAACUGCGGAGGACUCGUUGGCGUGUGGUGCCGCGCUGAAGGUGAAAUUUCCGGCGGUGUUCCAGGAAGGACUCGGACGGUGCACGAAAACGAAGAUCCAGCUGUUCCUGAUCGACGGGGCGAAGCCGGUCUUCAAGCCUAAGCGGCCAGUGCCGUUCCACUCGCAGCGGCUGGUCGAGAAGGAGCUCAACCGAUUGCAGGACAUGGGAGUGCUGGAGCCGGUCGACUACUCGGACUGGGCGGCACCCAUCGUGGCAGUUCGGAAGGCGCAGCGCGACGCAGACGGAGAUCCGGUGGUCCGCAUUUGCGCGGAUUACUCGACCGGGUUGAACGCUGUGCUGGAGGCGAACAAGUACCCUCUCCCUACCCCCGACGACAUCUUCGCAAAGCUGGCUGGCAGCAAGUUCUUCAGCGUGAUUGACCUGUCGGACGCUUAUCUGCAGAUGGAGGUAGAGGAGGAGUCGCAGAAGCUGUUGACUAUGAACACACACAAGGGGCUGUUCAAGGUCAAGCGUCUGCCGCCGGGAGUGAAACCCGCUCCUGGAGCCUUCCAGAAGGUCGUUGACAACAUGCUCGCCGGCCAGGAAGGAGCGGCGUCGUUCCUCGACGACGUGCUGGUGUUUGGCCGAACGCGCGCGGAGCACGACCGGAACUUGGAGCAAACGCUGCAGCGGAUCCAAGAUUUCGGUUUCCGGCUCAAGAUCGAGAAGUGCAAGUUCUACAUGACGGAGGUGAAGUACCUGGGCCACAUCAUCAACCAAAACGGAAUCCGCACCGACCCGGGGAAAGUGUCUGCCAUCUCGCAGAUGCCACCGCCGAAGAACCUCACCGAGCUGCGUUCGUUCUUGGGCGCGGUCAACUACUACGCGAAGUUCAUCAAGGAGAUGCACCAGCUGCGUAGGCCACUCGAUCUGCUGCUGAAGAAGGACGCAAAGUGGGCCUGGUCGGACGACUGCCAACGAUCGUUCGAGCGCUUCAAGGAGCUGCUCAAGUCUGACCUGAUGCUGACCCACUACAACCCGACGCUGGACAUUAUCGUGGCCGCUGACGCUUCGCAAACCGGAAUCGGCGCCACAAUCCGACAUCGUUUCCUGACGGUUCGGAGAAGAUAA